CUCCUGCACUGUCGUGUCCUGGGGAUCAUAAUUAGCUAAAUAGAGUGAGCAACAGCGCGAGGAGGACAACAAUGCACCUGACUUUAUUUUCGGGGGUCAGUAACGGAGGAAGAGAACGGAUGCAUGUUGUUCAGACUGGGACAUGGGACUAAUACUCCCUCGUGCACAGAUAGAAGAGGCAAACCUGGAGUUUAUCGUUCCGUAUCUGAACUGGAGUUUACCGUUCCGUAUCUGAACUGGAGUUUACCGUUCCGUAUCUGAACUGGAGUUUACCGUUCCGUAUCUGAACUGGAGUUUACCGUUCCGUAUCUGAACUGGAGUUUACCGUUCCGUAUCUGAACUGGAGUUUACCGUUCCGUAUCUAUGGAUUACGUCUGAUACGCAGCUUCUUCCUGUGAGGCAGAGGGGUGUGGUGGGAAUCAACCGACUAGAGGAGAAUGUGUAUGUGAGAGAGCAGCAUGCAGUCGGCUCCAGCAGGUUUGUGGGACCCCCAUGGACCCCAGUCUAAAGAUGUCUCCUCUCUCCCCGUACACACACCCUCCGCCUCUCGCCUCUCCCAUGUGAUCGCUGCUCCACCGACUAAGAGAAUCACCUUCUACAAGAGCGGCGACGCUAAGUUUGCGGGAGUGAGGAUGGCCGUCCACAAACGCAGCUUCAAAUGCUUUGACGCACUACUGGACGACCUGUCGCAGAAGGUGCCCCUGCCGUUUGGAGUACGUACAGUCACCACCCCCAGAGGAAUCCACAGUAUUAAACAUCUAGAGCAGCUGGAGGACGGUGGGUGCUACCUCUGCUCUGACAGACGGCAGGCUAAACCAAUCAACAUGGAGCUGGCUGGCAAACGUCCCGCCCUCUGGCACCACAACAGUCGAAGAGUGCCACAGCGACCAGCAGAAGACCCUCCUCCUCCCAGUGCUCCAAGCCACACCCCAACACGGCAGCGACGCAUCCUAUUGGUCAGGAACAGCGACCCUGCAGUGAGGAGGAGUGUGAUUCUGAGUCGCCGCUCGGCCCGGAGCUUCCGAGUGUUUCUGGACGGCAUCUCGGAAAUUAUGCAGUGUCACGUCAGGAAAUUAUACACGCUAGAGGGACGCAAGAUUGACAGUGCACAGAGCCUGAUGACGUGUCCAGGUGUGUUGGUGUGUGUAGGUCGAGAGCCCUUCAGACCUCUACUCCUGAACUAUGUAGCCAAGCACUCUGAGGAGAAACUACCUGGACUGGGGACGCGGUCACCUGGCAGUGGGGCCCGGUCUCCGGGUACUGGGGCCCGGUCACCUCGUAAUGGUCAGGGAGCUCGGUCACGGUCUAGUGUCUGCAGCGAAGGACACGGCAGCAAGAAGAACGUGAACUUUGGUCUGGAGACUAAGAAGACCAUCAUCCAUCCUCUCUCAGACUCUUCCAACCGCUCCACCCGUUUCUCUCUGUCCUCUGACAAGUCCUACCCUAAUGGCCUCAGCAGCCAAGGUGGCAAGGAGGCGGUGCUUAACGAUGACAGAGAACGGGUACUGGUGAACAAAGACGGCAGCCUGUCUGUAGAGAUGAGGGUGCGGUUUCGUCUCCAUAACGACGAGAGGCUCCAGUGGUCCACGGAGAUUAAGAAGUCUCCCUCUGACUCUCUGACCAAUGACUGCUGUCCCCUCAGGGAAGCCCCGCCCUGCUUCCUACAGCAAGGCCAAUCAGAAAGCUGCUCAGACCCUGACUCCGCCUCCUGUGUUGUUGAAGCUGCCGACUACACCCCCAAGCCUCCACAGCGCACCCUGGAGGAGCCACAGUCACAUUUUGCCUGCUGCUUCCAGAGACAGGAGUAUGACCUUUGGGAGAACCCCGCCCACAUCCAGACUUCUAAGCACUCACACUCCAGGGUUAGGCACACCCACUCCUCAAGCUCCUCCUCCUCCUGCCGCUCCAGCAAGUUGGUGAGGAGGCGUGCGACCCACAGGGAGUGCUCAGAGCUCGGAAGGGUUGUCCAUGGAAUGGUGGAGGUGUGUACAGUCAGCAGCAGCUGCAGCCACAGCGAGCUUAACCUGGGUGCCACAGACAACCAGGGGGAGGAGCGUCCUCUGUCUAGCUCCUCCCAUGUGCUCCAAGCACUUCAGGAUGAUGUGGAUGACCUCCCUCCCAGCGUCUCACGCUGCUGCCAUAGCAACGACCCCCCACAAGCCCUCCCCUUGACCCCACAGCCUCCCAGCCCUAUGUCUACUUCCUCCAGGAGCAGAAAACACACCCCUGCCCUACAGGGAGAGGAGAGGGGGAGCAAAACCUCCUCCCGGCGUUCUAGUAACUCGUGCUCCUGCUGCAGAGGAGAAGUCACCCCUAAGGCCGACGAGGAGAGAGUGGACAGCUCGUUGUCGAAGGCCAGCCAAGCUUCCCACAGAUCCAGAUCUCCCUCCAAUAGAAUCAGGAUCUCUGUGGCUCCAGAGGAGGGCGAUGAUGAAGCUGAGCAGGGUGGAAAGAGGGCAGUCAGCAUCUCCGGUGGCUCAGGGGGGUCCAUUGGGUCAGUGGGGUCUAUAGGCUCCAGUGUAUGUUCUCACUGUGGGGGGUGUGACCAAGGUUACGACCCCGUGUCCUGCCACUCACAGAAGUCACAUAGAUCAAAGCGAUCUCAAGAAGAAGAGGAGGAAGAGGAGGAGGAGUCAGGGAGAGGACUCUCAGGUGGCUCAGACGAGUGUGGAUUUUCUCAGAGGACCAACAAGUCCAACUGUACCCACUUCUACCAAGAGGGCCGAGCAGCCAGCAUGAUGUCACACAUGUCUCUGCCCAAGGAGGGAGAAGAUACAGGGACGGAGGGAGAGGAUACAGGGAAGGAGGGAGAGGUAGAGGUUGGAGAGAAAAUAGAGGAAGUGGAGAAAGACGAGAGAGCAGCCAGUGUCCUCUCAGCCAAAUCCUUCUCUUCAGUCAAGGGCAGGACCUCCAGAACCUCCCAGAAGUCUAAGGCCUCAGAAUCCCUUGCAGACAUGGAGGAACAAAUGGAAGAACCGAUGGAGGGAGAAGAGAAAGAGGGAGAGGUAGAAGAUGGAGGAGAGCAGAGAGUAGCAAGCAUUAUGUCAGUUAAAUCUAAUCUCUCAGCCAAGUCCAGCAGAUCUCAUACAUCUACCUGUAGCAAAGCAGAUGGGUCCACCAAAGCUUCAGAGAGGGCAUCGUCUCCCAGAUCAGAACCAGACGUCGCUGAGGAUACAGGAGCAGCAGAGUCAGAGGAGAGAGGAGCCAGUGUCAUGUCAGCUAAAACUAACACUUCAGCAAAUUCCAGCAGAUCCCAUAAAUCUACCAAAAGUCCUAAUGCUGGGGCUGCUUCUGCCAGCUCUGAAACACCUGACGUCACUGCUAUUGAGACAACAGGUGAAGGUGAAGAGGAAGAAGUGGGAGAGAAAACAGAGGAGAGGUUAGAGAGCUCCAUGUCUGUUAGAUCUAACCUCUCAGCAAAGUCUCGUAGGUCCUGUAAGUCUACAGGCAAAGCAGAACAGGUCCUUUCCGCCAACUCACCAGAGGUACCAGCUACUGAACCUGAACCUACUGGAGAGGAUGAGGGAGAGGAGAGAGCAACGAUCUCCACGUCUGUUAAAUCUAACCUCUCAGCCAAGUCCAGCAGGUCUCAUAAGUCAACCUGCAGUAGGAGUAUUAGAGUUGUUUCUCCAAAACCAGCAGCGAGUGAAACUCUAGUCAACGAUCCAGCAGACGCGGAUGCAGUGGGUGCAUUGUCAGCUAAAACCAAUGCUUCAGCAAAGUCCCGUAGGUCUUGUAAGUCUACAGGAGAUGAUGAGAGAGGGGAGAGAGAAGCUAGAGCCACGUCAGCUAAAACGAGGGCUUCUAUCAAGUUCAGCAGGACCCACAAGUCUGCCUGUAAAGCUGCCUCUACAAAGCCAGCCGCAUGUGAAACUCCUGUCAACGAUCCAGAGGAGAAAACAGAGGAAGAGAAGACAGCGAGUGCAUUGUCAGCUAAAACCAGUGCUUCUGUCAGAUCUAGCAGUUCUCACAAGUCUACCUGUAGUAGGAGUGUUAGGGCUGAGACACCGGUUGCUAAAGACAUCCCUGCUAUUGAAACAACAGAGGGAGAUGAGAAUGGAUCUGCUGCUGCCGGAGAAACAGAGGAGAGACCAUCGAGCGCCAUUUGGGAUAACAAUAAUGCCUCAGUGAAAUCUAGCAUAUCUCACAAGUCUACCUGCAGCAAAGCAGAACGGGCCCCUUCCUCCAACUCACCAGAGGUGCCAGCGACUGAGCCUGAACCUACUGGAGAUGAUGAGGGAGAGAAGAGAGCAGCAAGUGCCACGUCAAAGUCCAGCAGGUCCCUCAAGUCUACCUGCAGUAGGAAUGUCUGGGCUGAGACUCCGGGGACUAAAGACAUCCCUGUUAUUACGACGACAGGGGGAGAGGAGAUGGUUGACGAUACAACUGCUGCUGGAGACACAGAGGAGAGACCGCCGAGCGCCAUCUCAGCUAAAACCAGUGCUUCAGUCAAGUCCAGCAGGUCUCAUAAAUCUACCUGCAGCAGGAAGGCUGAGAGUCAAAGAUCUCAACCAGCCGAUGUCCCUGUUAUUGAAACAACAGGUAGAGACGAGGUCGGAGAGGAGAAAGAGAGAGCAGACAGUGUCAUGUCAGCUAAAUCUAACGCUUCAGCAAUGUCCCGCAAGUCUAACAGGCCCACCUGUAAUGGAAGUAGUAGAGCAGUCUCUCCAGUGGCUCAAGAUGUUCCUGCUAUCGAGACGACAGGUGGAAAAGAACCGAGAGACAAAUUCACCGCCUCUGUCAAGACCAACAGGUCUCAUAAGUCGUCCAGUGGUAGGAGGGCUGAAACUCCAACUGCAGAACAAGCUGAUGUUAAUGAGACCACCGGAAGGGACGAGAAGGGAGAGGGGACAGAGAGACCAGCGAGUGCCAUGUCGUCUAAAUAUAAUGCUUCAGCAAAGUCCAGCAGGUCUCACAAGUCCACCUGUAAUAGUGGAAGUGCUAGAGCGGUCUCUCCAGCACCUAAAACAGCAGACGUCCCUGCCAUUGAAACAACAGGGGUUGACAGGGAGGGAGAGAAAACAGAGGAGAGACCAGCUUGCGCCAUGUUGUCUAAAUCUUACAUCUCAGCUAAGUCCAGUACAUCUCAUACGUCUAAUGGUAGUAACAGAAGUACGUUUCUGCACCUGAAAAAAGAGAGAGGUGAGAGAGGUGUUAGACCUGCCCCCAGCACUACAGGAAAUGACCUUGAGACAGGCAGUGUGAAAUCUGCAAUGAGCACAAAACCCAAAAGAAACGCAGAUUCCUCCACCAGACCCCUCUCCACAGCAUCACAGGCCAAUGCUAAAUCCACCAAUCAGACACCGCCUGCCACCACCGAGACCAAAGAGGAGUCUCAAAGUCAUGCCACGAGCCGACCUGCCAGCACGGCUGCACACAGAGAUGAUGAUGUCAGAGAUCAUGUCACAGAGAAGAAAGCUCCCAGCGUACAUUCUAAGAGCCCUGCUAAAGCAGAAGGAGACUCAAGAGCGGCUUCCUUCGCCCGCUCCACCAGGUCAAAGGUGAAAGUUCAGAAGGCCAGCGAGGCCCAGGACGAUGAGAUGCCAGAGACAAGGGCCUCCUUCCUGCAAGUGAAAGGUCACAGGGUCAAAGCUCAGAGUGACACGGACAGCGUUCACUCCGUGAAAACCUCCAAAACGGAUAAGAUUGUGAUAAAAGGGAAUUCCAAGCCAAAGUCGGCCCAAGCGGGAAACCCUACCUCCCAGUCCUUCAAUCCCCCUGAGGGCUCCAGACCCGCCAUCCAGCUGGGUACGGCCAGCGUCAGCGAUAGCCUCCUCUCCCAGUCCCAGUCUGCAGCUGACCUGCUCAGGGGGAACAUGGCCGCCUCGCGCCUCUCCAGCCCUGCAGGGUCAAAGGUUAGCAUCCCUGAUAGUGGGAAGAGUGGGAAGAGUGGGAGUAGCCAGAGGAGGAGGAAGCUCAAACAGGAAGAGGCGGAGCUAGAGGAGCUGGGUCCCCUCUGUCUGCCCAAAACCUCACCCAAUGACAUUGUCAGUGAUUGGCUGAGAGGCAUCCCUGCUGACAGCGGCAUGGAUAACCCUGAAGAUGAAAUGAACGAGGGAAUUGAAGAGACAGAAGUAAAAAGAGAGGAAGGAGAUGAGAAAGGAGGGGAAACAGAGGGACAAGGAGGAGAGGAGACUGAGGAGAAACAAAAACCGAUUGAAACUACAGAAAUGGAGCAGGAGAACACGGCUGAAACAGGACAACAGGAAGAGGAAGAGGAAGAGGAGCAGGAGAACAUGGCUGAAACAGGACAACAGGAAGAGGAAGAGGAGCAGGAGAACAUGGCUGAAACAGGACAAGAGGAAGAGGAGCAGGAGAACACAGCUGAAACAGGACAACAGGAUGAGGAAGAGGAGCAGGAGAACACGGCUGAAACAGGACAAGAGGAAGAGGAGCAGGAGAACACAGCUGAAACAGGACAACAGGAUGAGGAAGAGGAGCAGGAGAACAUGGCUGAAACAGGACAAGAGGAAGAGGAGCAGGAGAACACAGCUGAAACAGGACAACAGGAUGAGGAAGAGGAGCAGGAGAACACGGCUGAAACAGGACAACAGGAUGAGGAAGUAAAGAAGGCUGCCCGGCAACCAGAAGAAGAGGGAGAGGUGAAAGAGGAAGAGGAAGAGAGGGGAGAGGAGGAAGAGGAAGCAGCAGUGGGGGAGAAGGAGAAGAAAGAUAAAGAAGAAGAGGAGGUGAAAAAAGAAGAAGAGGGGGAGGUGGGAGCAGAAGAGGAGGGAGAGUGCUCUGAGUGUGCUGACUGCUGCCCCUACCCAGCCCCACCCAACAAUGACAUCAGUUCUCCUUGUCAUCGCCACCUGUUCCUCAGUAGAGAGUCAGAGCUGCCUUGGAGCUGCCACUCAUCUGUGGCAGUAAUGAAGGUUUUACUGAACCCUACACUGGGCCGAUGCAGCUCCCUACCCGAGAUAAGUCCAGUGUACGGACGCAGACUGAGCUCCUCUGCUAAAGGUCUGCUGGACUGUCUGGCCCAGCUGCAGCUCAUCGACCCACCCCCUUCUCCAGCUGCAGCCCCAGGCCCUGACCGGGAUCAGCGGUACCAAGAGGUCAUGGAUAUACUAGAGUCACUGUGGCUGUCUAAGCCUGACCUCGAGAAGAGGAAGGAGGGAGAGACAGAGGAGAAGGAGAGGCUAAAAGAUUCUGGUGUGGACCUGAGCAGCGGCUCAGCAGGGUCUGGGGGUUCUGGGAAGACCAGACCAGAUGAAACAGCGGGUGACAUCGCUCUCAUAGCGAAGGGAGAAGGAGGGGAAGGAAGAGGAGAGGGGGAGACAGACGGAGGAGGAGAGGGAGAGACAGACGGAGGAGGAGAGGGAGAGACAGACGGAGAGACAGAUGGAGGAGGAGAGGGAGAGACAGAUGGAGGAGGAGAGGGAGAGACAGAUGGAGGAGGAGAGGGAGAGACAUAUGGAGGAGGAGAGGAAGCACCAUCAGCAGAGCUGCUUUCAGACGCGGCUACCCCAGACAUCGCCAUCCAAGUGCGGAGCAGCCCAGGGGAGGAUGAGUCGGCCCCAGAGUCGCCCCCAGGGACAGGUGAGAUGCUGCAGACCCUUGAGAGACUCAAAACCCCAGGGAGCCCAUCCUCUUCAGACAGCACAGCCUACAAAUCCCCCACUGACACAGAGACAGACACCCCGGAGGACACCCCCAGCUCAGGGACACCCCCAUCAGUCCAACGACCGCUGCUCACCAAGCGUAUCUCCCAGGACCCUGACCCGGUCUGGGUUCUCAACCUGCUGAAGAAGCUGGAGAAACAGUUCAUGACCCACUACGUGGACGCCAUGGCCGAGUUAAAGGUACGUUGGGACCUAGACAACAAUGUGAUGUUGGACACUAUGAUCACUGAGCUGAGAGACGAGGUGAAGAAGAGGAUCCAGAUGAGCAUUGAUCGUGAACUAAGGAAGAUUCGGGGACGGGCGGGCCGGGGGCCGCGACCCCCUAACAUGUCCCGGGAGUCAACCGUAACAGACCAGAGGAGGCGGAGGUUGAAGGUCAUGAAGGUCCAGUCGGUAAACGAGAGUGAUGGAGAGCAGGGUUCAGGCGAUGUUAGCGACCAGCGCAGCGAGGACGAGUACUGUCCCUGCGACGCCUGCAUACAGAAAAAGGCGGAGGACAAGGCAAUCAAAAUGGAGGCUGUGGUUGCCAAGGCGCCGGUGAUGAUGGCGUUUGAUCUGCGUAAGAUCCUGCAGAUGAAGAAAGACCCAGAGUCUCUGGCGCCCCCUAGCCCCACACAGGGGAAGAACAAUGACAAACUGGAAGAGGAGGAGGAGGAACAGGUUGGGAAUCUAGAGGUGGUACACGAAGACGAGGAAGAGGAGGAGACAAAGGAGGAUAUUAUACCAACUGUUAUAGAGGAAGAUAUCUCUGAGAAAGAAGAGGAAGGAGUGACUGGGGGAGAGGAGGGAGAGGAGGAGGGACAGGAGAGUCACAGAGCUGAGUCUCUGAUGGGUGAAGUAGGGGAGGAAAUAGCUGAGGAGAUAGGGGCUGAAGAACAGGAGGAGGAUGGAGUGGUAGAGGGAACUGAGGAUGAGGAGGAAGAGGCAGGGGAAGGAGAGACGGGGUGUGAAAGUGCAGGAGAAGAUGGUGUGGAGGGGGCGGACACUGGAGAGGGGGAGGAGUUAGUAGAAGGGGAGGAGGAAGAAGCAGGGGAAGCUGAAGCAGGAGAUCAGGAAAAAGAUGGAGGAGAUGAAGCAGGAGAUCUGGAGGAAGCUGCAGGAGAUGAAGAGACCGGAGUAGCGGGAGAGACAGAGGGAGAGGGAGAAACAGGCGGAGAGGAGGAGACUCCUGAGGAAGAAACAGAGGGUAAUGUGGGGGUGUCAGCAGAGGAUGAGGAAGAGGGAGGAGAGGAGGAGGUGCAGUUGAAUGCUGUGGCGGAGUUUAAUCCUGAAGACGAGGAGGGUGAGGAGAUGGAGGGAAAUAGAGAAAUCCCUCUGAUCCACCAGAUGACCAGAACCUCUGUGGAGUCCCAGCCAGGAUCAAUGGAGAACACAAACCCGGAGCCCAGGGCAUCAGACCCAGUUUCACAAAUGUUCUCCUUAACCCUGAUAGAGCCCAAUGAAACUGUCUCUGAUGGACACCAGAUGGCAUCUGCGGGGGAAGGGUCAGGGGGGAAAGGCCAGAGGAGGAGCCGAUCUCCAGCCAGAAUCAAACGCAGGAAACCAAAAGAGAGCGACAUAGAACUGGAUGUCCUAGAUCUGUAACCCUCACAGGACAUAGAACUGGAUGUCCUAGAUCUGUAACCCUCACAGGAUAGACUGAGUCACAGAAAGCACUUUAUAAUCUCCUCUCUGAGUUAGGAAUAUCUAUAUGGGAGGUAAUGCACAGGUUUCUGCCAGGUCAGAGUGGCAUAUACUCAUUAUUUUAAUAGAAGGGUUUAACUGAAACUUGGAACAAUCAUAGUAUUGUACAAACCAUAAGAUAUCAUGUGAAAUGUACAUUUGUAUAUUUCAAAAAACAAAUUAUAUGUAUGUAUGAUUUUAUUUUCAUGGAGGGGUAUAUAUACACUCUACUGUAUGGAGGGGUGUAUAUACUCUACUGUAUGGAGGGGUGUAUAUUCUCUACUGUAUGGAGGGGUGUAUACACUCUACUGUAUGGAGGGGUGUAUAUACUCUACUGUAUGGAGGGGUGUAUAUACUCUACUGUAUGGAGGGGUGUAUAUACUCUACUGUAUGGAGGGGUGUAUAUUCUCUACUGUAUGGAGGGGUGUAUAUACUCUACUGUAUGGAGGGGUGUAUAGUUUGGGUUGUUGUGUCAGGAGAUGUGACCAGAGGUUCCCAGGUAUUUAACCAUGUGGGACGGUAUAAUAACAGAAUCUACUCAGGACUUUAACCAAUGCUUUACUGGCACCGUGGUGACAGGAGAGUGAGACGAGAGAGAGAUAAUAUGUUUUCAAGAUACAGUAAAUCACAUCAUAUCGGCUGUAUUUCUGUAUUUUGAAGGAUACGCAUCUUGAAAACAUUUUCAGACCUUAUCAACAAUGGACUAAUGAAACAAAUACCCAAAGAUAGUUUUUUUUCACCUUUAAUAUCAUGAUCAAUGGUGCAGAAGUUGUUGUUGGAGUGCCUGACAGAGAGGUUGUUUUAUAAGGCGUCUAGAUGUAUUGUUUAUCUUGAAUAUAUGAAUGUAUUCAUGUUUGGUAUAGAUAUAGUGGACGUAUGUAUAGAUAUAGUGGACGUAUGUAUAGAUAUAGUGAAACAGGGUGGACAUGUUGUUUAGAACAAAGCAUCUGUAUAUGCAGUUGUAGAAAAAUAUAUUGUCACUUUUUGCACUUUUUAAAAAUAAUUCCAUAAUUCUUCUAGAAUAAGUUGAAACAGUCCAAUAACUCUUCUUGAACCAUUCCUUGUCAUAUUGGGGUCGUUGUCCUGCUGGAAGACACACAACCUUCAAUGGAGACCCAGUUUGUAGACACUGAGUUGAACCAUUCCUUGUCAUUUUUGAGGUCGUUGUCCUGCUGGAAGACACACAACCUUCAAUGGAGACCCAGUUUGUAGACACUGCGUUGAACGUUGGACUACAAAACACCUGAUAAUGGGAUGAUUCCACGAUGCCUUGCGCACGUUCACGGGCCCCAGGACCAGCGGCAGAAAACCAAGUACUACCUCUGGGGCGCUUUAUUUUCUGUGUCAAUUUGAGUUUAGAAAAAUAAAAUUGGUUCAACAAUGUUGAACAUCUAAUAACAAGGAGUGGAGAACAAACAUUUGUAUUUUUUUCAAUUUUAACUAAUUUCAGAAGAAAUAGGGAACUAAUUUAAGAAAAGUGCAAGGGUGCCAAUAUAUUAGUCCGCAACUGAAGAAAAGCAUAUGUAUGUUGUAACAUAUUAUUCUACAGGGUUGAAACUGAGAUGUGCACCAUGAUUCUCUCAGGCUCUGACUACAAGGGGUCCUAUGGUUUAAUAGUUUAUAGUCAAUCAUAAAGUCCUAUUGGUAGGUGCUGUGGGAUAUGUCUAUGCUGCUAUUGGUCCGUUCGGCUGUCGAUCUUCUUCUGUGACAUCACCUAGAGAACACCAUGUAAAGUCUCAAACAACAUUUUGAAUGUAUUUUAUUGUAUAAUUAUUUGUGAAAUUAAAUGUUUUUAA